UUAGCGUCGAGUAUUCAAUUUAUAUUUUGUGUGGUAUGAAGUUAGCGUACUCGAAUGUGUUAUGUUUAAUUUUCAUAUUGUUUUCAACCUGUCGAGAGAUAGUGUCAAUGAAAUCGUGUAGUGUUAAGACUCGCUAUCUCUGCCACAUGCAUUAAUGUGCAACUCAAACUAAAUAACACUAUUGUCUCGGAUAUAAACUACCUAAUGACCUUGAAUUGUUUGCUUUAGUUUAAACAAUUCAAUGUUCUUUACGUUUUCUUAGUUUUCGUAGCGAUUUUCGAAUAUGUAGCGAAUGUAUUUCGAUUGACCAUUGAAACGACAAGUAAUUAUAAUAUUUUUUGUACAUCUCGAGAUAUGCAAAAAUUCUCUGUUUCGUGAAUGUGAUGUUUACAAACGAUGAUAAUUCUUUGUCGUUUUUCGUUACAAUGCAUACGACGUGUUUGAACGUCACUUUAAUGAAGUUCAAAUUUCUCAGCUUGGGAGAGAUGCGUUUGAUUUAAAAUGAAAAGACGCUAUAGCGCAAAGGAUUGGGUAUUGUAGCUAUUACUAAGCAGCUCUUAAAUACACGACCUUGAGAACUGUUCUGUCGAAAUAAAAUAAAGGCUUUCAUGGCGAACAAAAGUAUAUGGCUGAAAGAGACAUUAAAGCGAUGCUUUUCUCGGCCUGGUCUCUUUUAUGCAAUAAUUUCCUGUUUUUUCUUCGCUACAUCCUCCCUUAUUGUUCAUGUACUCAACGAAAUCCACGCUGUGCAAACGGUUUUCUUUCGAAGUUUUGUGCAUUUGACUUUUAUCACGCCAAUGCUUAUAUACGAAGGUGUGAAUCCGCUACCAAAACGGGACGAUUUGAGAGAAAGCGCACUUUUGGUGUUUCGUGGUUUGACUGCGUCGGCUGCGUUGUGUUUUCAGUUCUACGCGUUGCAACAUAUGCCAUUGUCUGAUGCAACCGUCUUGAUUUUCUCUGCUCCACUAUUUACUGCGUUGUUAGCGCAUUGUUUUCUUCCUGAACGUUUGGGAAAGAUGGAUGCCGUGUCGGCCAUUUUGUGUUUUCUUGGCGUGGUCAUGAUCGCGCAACCUCGAAGUUUGUUUUUAUUCAGUUUUCAAUCAAAACAUCAUUUCUUGUCAUGUUGUAUUGCUGUCACCGGUGCCAUCUUAACAGCCAUCAGCAUCAUCACGUUAAAGAAAGUGAAGAGACUGCAUUUUUCCACAUCCUCUUUUUACCUCGCUUUUAUGGGAUCUGUUGGAACUGGCUUGCCGUGUCUUAUCCCCGGGUUAUUUCGCCCGAUCGUUUGUGGUCACCAGCUGCACGUCAUUGGCAUUGGUCUAUGUGCUGUAGGAGGGCAGUACUUUUUAUGCAAAUCUCUGAGAUUGGAAAAAGCUCACACCGUUGCUCUACUUCGUACGUUCGAUAUUGUCUUGGCUUUCGUGUUCCAGUUGAUAUUCUUCAAUCAUCGGCCCAAUAUUUUCAGUAUAUCAGGAGCCAUGCUUGUAUCCAUGUGUAACAUCGUGAUCUUUAGUACUGCUAGAUCACCCGAUGCUUCCAACGAUGAUCCUCCAUGCACCAGCGAAACCUUUAAUGAUCACGAAGAUGAUCCCAUGGCAACCAACUCGAAAGAUCUCUUUCAAGAUGUGGAGAAACGUUGUGAAAAAAAACGAACUUCUAAAAUUCAAUGUAAAACUACUCAAGAUGAAUGAACGAUUUUAAGGGCAUUUUCAACGCAUCAUGUGAUAUUUACGUCUGUUACGUCAUUUAAUUAAGAAUUCAUUAGAACGGCAUUUAGGAGCAAUUAUAUACGAGUAAAGAAUGUUCGAUCAUUUUUCUCACGUGAAAUGGAACGUGGGUAAGUUGCUUGUCGUUAUUUAAAACUAAACUUUGCGCAUGUGAAGUUUAAUGUGUAAAUAAUUAAUUAUGAUUAUAUGUACUUUAAAAUUGAUCUUUGAGUAAACGUUGUGGAGCUGUUUGACAUAUUCUGUAUGAGGCGGAAUUAGCAGUUGUUGCAAUGUCUAGAUCGUAAAAUCUGAAGUAUUCGCCGUGUAACAUAUCCUGACAAAAUCUCCACAAUGUGGUCUCCAAUUGAUUUUGGAUAUACUUCUAUUUUAAUCAUGGAUCCAUUGUGUAAA